CCUUCAUGUACAAUACCGGGGAUCUGCAGCUCUCACACAUUCUAGCAUUCCGUGUCAAAAAUGGCCACAGCGGUCCAGAACCCUCCGAAAUCGCAGUCGAGUGGAACAGUCAUAAAGAACAGCCUGGGUGAGGAGUUUUAUCGUGAGGCGAUCGAGCAUUGCAGAAGCUACAACGCUCGUCUGUGCGCUGAGCGAUCCAUGCGUCUGCCCUUCCUGGACUCACAGACUGGCGUGGCACAGAGCAACUGCUACAUAUGGAUGGAGAAGAACCACCGAGGCCCGGGUGUGUCUCCAGGGCAGCUGUACACGUAUCCAGCACGCUGCUGGCGGAAGAAAAAACGGUUAAACAUCCUGGACGAUCCACGUCUGGGACCCAUCGAAUUUAAGAUAGACUAUGAGUCUGCUCUGAAGAAGGAGGGAGGUGUCCCUGAGGGUCCUGUCCUUGAGUCUUUGCUCAGUGGAGAGCCUUUAGAUAAGAAAGUGGAGACGAAGGAGGAGGAGGCCAUGAGCGAGUGUCAGAAGUUGCUGGUGGGAGACUUUCCACAUGACCUGGAUGUGGAAGAGAUGGAGGAGGACAUGCCUAAGCGCAAGAACCGCACCAAAGCGCGGGCUUGUGGUGUAGGAGGAAUGAGGAAGAGACAGGAUCCGGCUUCCAUAGAGGACAGAGACAAGCCAUACGUCUGUGACAUCUGCGGUAAACGCUACAAGAACCGCCCGGGUUUGAGUUACCACUACACUCACACACACCUGGCAGAUGAAGAGGGUGAAGAAGACUCGGAGCGCCACACGCUGCCAUUUCAACGCAAGAACAACCACAAGCCCAAAAAAGCAGCAGAUGGCUCGGUCAUCCCCAACGGCUACUGUGACUUCUGCCUCGGAGGCUCGAAGAAGACAGGCUGCCCAGAGGAUCUUAUCUCCUGCGCAGACUGCGGACGAUCGGGACACCCGUCCUGUCUGCAGUUCACAGUCAACAUGACAGCAGCUGUGAGGACGUACCGCUGGCAGUGCAUCGAGUGCAAGUCCUGCAGCCUGUGUGGCACCUCCGAGAAUGACGAUCAGCUCUUAUUCUGUGAUGAUUGUGAUCGAGGAUAUCAUAUGUACUGUCUAAGUCCACCGAUGGCAGAACCUCCAGAGGGGAGCUGGAGUUGUCACCUGUGUCUGCGGCAGCUGAAGGAAAAAGCCUCUGCUUACAUCAUGCUGAAUUAAUCUUCAUCGUUAGGAUGGGUUGCAGCCACCCGGCUUCUGCCUCCACAGCCUCCUCAUGACAAACCGACACGGCAGAUUGAAAGAGACGCUCAAUUCGCAUUGAAAGAAAAAUACCACAUGCUGCACCAGUCUUGCAGGGAAUUUGCAACCAUCCACUUCACGGAGAGAACAGGUUCCUCCCUCAUUUCUGGUGCACAGCAGAUGUGCCUGCUCUUUAUUCAGCCCAAAACACACUCUCCCAAGUCUCCCUAAUCAUUGCCUCCAGCUAUAAGUCUAGGGAGGGAUUUCUAUUGAUGCACACGUUUAUUUUGCGCCACUUAGUUGAGAGGCUCAGAGCGGCUCCUCACUGAAGAGUCCGUUUUAACGUGUGGCUCAAGAGGGCACUCGAAUGGCAAGAGACUCUGAGUGUUCUCAAUGGAAAAACAUAUUGACUGCUGAUGAGGAAAACGCCACGAGAUCUCCUGGUUUCCAUAGCUGCUUUUGGAUCACGAAGCACCGCUAAUACACUUUUUCAGCUGUGGUGCCGCCCACUCUCUGCAGCCCACUGUGAGAGGUAGACACCAGCAGGCUACAGGACCGUACUUCAACACCAGAAAGAGAAGAGCUCAUUACAGCUCCAGAGAGAGAAAUGAAUCAAUGUAUUAUUCAGCUCCUUUUGAGGUGGAGCUCAAAACAUCACCCUCAGAUCCCAUGUUGAUAAGAAGAAAUUUGAUGGCCUGCAGUCUUGAGACAUGGAUUUGGAUUUACCUGAAAACAUGAGUCUGGUUUUAACACAUAAACUUUGAUGUUGUCCAUGAACGGAUUCCCUUUAAGCUUAAGGAGGUCUGAGGCGCAUGUCGUUCAGCUUGGGUGGUAGUUUAUGUCAAAAAAGAUCCAACUCUCUGCUGUCAUUCAUCCUAAACCCUGAUAACACACACACACACAUGUACACACACGUACACAUGUGUACACUGACACACACACAUAAACACUCACAUACACACACUCUCACACACGCACUCUCACACACACACAUACACGCACACACACACACCAGCUUUUAUUUCCUACUGAAAAAGCCAGUACACGAUAUUCUCUCUGUGUGUUUGUCAGGGUGUAUAGUACUGAAUUAUGUCCAGCCUUGUUUUAAAAACAGGGCCUUAAUGUUUUUUUUUAUAUUAAUACUUUGGAUGCAUGUUGUGAUAAUGUUUUAAAAAUUAACCUUUUAAGAGCAGGCAGAAAAAAAAAACUACGAAAGCACACUUAAUUUGCAAUAAUGUGUUUGUGACCCCCUUGGGGGACGUUGCGUCCGUGUGUAUGUACGUGUGACACUUUUUGUGGAACCGUGAAACUAGGCACCGUAUUGGAAAGGCGCAGGGUUUUGGAGCUGGAGCUUCCCGUGACGGCACCGUAUUUCAUUUCACUUCUUUUUUACUAUUUUCUCUACAAAAUGAAAGCCAGUGCUGAGACAAACUGUAGCGCCUUGAUUUUGUACAAUGAGCUCUUUCCUAUCUGUAAGUCUGCUUUGUGUUCUGGGACUUUGUAAUUGCAGUGUGCUUUAAAAAAAAAAGGUAAAUAACUCCAGUAGAGUGUUACUGGGAUGCCAGCAUGUGUAUGUGACUUUGUGCUGAGGCGAUUUUGAACCCAAAGUCCCGUCCAUCUGUGGCCUACCUGAGAGAACUGUCUGCUUUUUUGUUUCAGCCCACAAGCUUUAAGUUGGGAGACACUCGCUGUAAAUAAACUUUUGCUCUCUUAUUUUUGAAUGGAACGUACUUGCCAUAUGACUCCUGGAAAAUGUUAUGACUUCAUUAAAAAUGUGAAAACUAAGCUUCCUGGAAUAUAAAAUCUGUUGGGUCAUUUCUAUUUUUGUAUUUUCCAGAA